AUGUUUCUCGUUUCUUUCUUUCUUUCUUUCUUUCUUUCUUUCUUUCUUUCUUUCUUUCUCUGUCUCUUUCUUUCUUUCUUACAUGGCAUUUUUAUCGUCUUUCUUUUUAUUUUCAACUCUGUUUUUCUCCCUUUCUUUCUAUCUUUUUUUUUUCAAUUCCUUUCUUUCUUUUUUCUUCAACUCCCAUUAGGUUUCUUUCUUUCUUUCUUUCUUUUUUUCUUUCUUUCUUUCUUUCUUUCUUUGCCCAUUAUAUUUCUUUCCUUUGUUUUCUUUCUUUAUAUUUCCCAUCAUUUUUCUUCCUUUCUUUUUUCAUUCUUAUUUCCUAUUCUCCAUUGUUCUUUCUAUCGUUCGUUUUUUCCUUUAUUAUUUUAUGCUUUCCUCCCCCACUCCAAUGGAUUUCUUUCUUUCCCUAUUUCCUUCUUUCUCUCUUUAUUUUUUUUCUUUCUUUCUUUUCGCCCAUUGGAUUUCUUUCUUUUUAUUCUCCGUUAUUUUUCUUCCCUUCUUUUUUCAUUCUUACUUUCUAUUCCCCAUUGUUCUUUCUCACGUUCUUUCUUUCUUUUUUCUUUCUUUCUCUCUUUUACUUUACUUUCUUUCGUUCUUUCUUUCUUUCUUUCUUUCUUUCUUUCUUUCUUUCUUUCUACCAUUGUUUUUCUUUCUUUUUAUUCUUUUCUUAACGCCGUAAACAUUCUCGGAAUUCUCUUUGCCUUCAUUUCAUCGUUUAGCCUGUUUUCGUUUCUGUCUUCUUUUCAUUCGCCUCAUGUAAAACAUCUUAAAAGCAAAUGA